AUGUCUGUGAAUCUGGAGUCGCAGCUUUUGUCCGUGAUGAACGUGUUGGUGAAGGCCGCAGUCUCGGAGAUCGGUCAGUUGUUCAGUGAAAGCUGCGCAGAGCUGCGCCUGCACUUAACCCAGAGUCUGCGGGAGAACGACGGUCUGCGGACCAGGAUGAGACUCAUGAGGAGCGAGAUGUUCUCCCUGAAGCUACAGAACCGCGCAGCAAGACCCUCCAGCCGCUGUGGACCCGUGCGAGUAAACACUCCCAAACCACGAUCCAAAGUACAGCCAAAGCCAGCUGACUCUACCCCUGCAGUUUCACAAGACCAAAGCAUCCCUGUCAGUGAAAAGAGCGCUAUUGAUGAGUGUCCUGACAUCAUUUUGAUCAAAGAUGAAGAUGACGAAAUGACAGCUUCUGGACAUAGUUUCCACAAUGACAAGCCUGGCAACACAAAGGGGGAGGAGCAAAAGGCUGCCAACAGUCAAGCACAGGAGGCGUUCAUCACCCAGAGCGACUUUUAUAACACAUCUGAUCCUUUGGCCUUUUCUAUACCAGGCAUGCCCACUGCCUUGACCCAGAAGCUGCGAAGGAGGGGGAAGCAAAACGCACUAAACGGAAUAGCCUUUCGGGUUCUGAGGGCGAUCUGCAACACACUACUUGGUUCCUCCCUGUGGAUUCACCUGUUUCUGGGCUGGGUGCUCCUGUCUCCCUCUGCCCAUGAGCAACUAAAGCUCUGGGUUUUGGUGCCAUAA